AGACGGGUCACAUCCAAGACCUUUACAUCGUCCCUAUAUCGCGGCAAGCAUGGCGAUUUCCCCUCAGCCUCAGCCUCAGCUGUUGGCCUCCACCUCUGCCACGACCUCUGCACCUCGCCGCCUCAUCCCAAUUUCCCAUCUCGAUGACCACUUCUAUGUCUGGUCCGCUUCGGACGUACUCCACCUUCGCUCGCACCACCGCAUCAUUGGCAUCCUCACUGGCUCCCUCCCCUUGCUGCCACAACAGAAUGCCUACCUCGGUCUGCCCCUCGAGCUCAUGCCAGAAGAGGUGGGAUUGCUCCUACAGAGGGGCGUAGCUGUGCUAGUAGAUGAUGCCAAGGCGCAUGUCAGCCCGACAAAGGCGCAGUGGGAAGAAUGGGAAGCGGCGAAGCAGGAGGAUAUUCGCAGGCAGAGACAGAGGGCGCACACCACCUCCGUAGAGCAGAAGAGACGAUUUGAAGAGGCAUUGAAGAGCAGCAGUGCAGCUCGCAAAAACAAGGACAAGAAGAUGACGACGACUGCCGAAGCGAUGGAGCUGGAGGAUGAGAAGGCCAAGGGCGUGCAGCAGAAGAGGGAGGCCAGACAGAGGGAGAAGCUCAGGUUGCAACAGCUCGAAGCUGGUGAAGGGGGUGGAGAGGAGGAGACGGAACCAAAGGAUACAGCAGAGGCUGAGCCGCUGGCGGCGUCUUCAUCGUCAGCGAGGCCAGACGCAGCAGAGCCCGCUGCUGAGGAGCCAGCUGUGGACCUCUCCAGCUACAACUAUGCCCACACGACACACGACGCCUCUACAGGCCUACCCUGGUACACCGCUCCGAGCGAUGCCACGUCUAUGUCUCCAGGCUCCACCUCAAAACUCGACCUCACCACGACCAAGCAAGCCAUCUUCACCCACCUCAAUACCUCUCGCUCCUUCUACCUCUCCUGUGGUCUGCGCUUCGGAGGAGACUUUGUCGCCUAUCCUGGCGAUCCCUUUCGUUACCACUCCCACUAUACCCUCACUGUACCCCAGGAUGAGGAAGAGGGGUUUGAGGUAGGGCGGAUGAUUGCUCAGGGGAGAUUGGGGACGGCGGUGAAGAAGGUGCACUUGAUUGCUACGAGGCGCAAGGGAGCGGAGGGAGAGGGAAAGGCGGAGGAGGAGGAGGAGGAGGACAAAUUGGCCUUCUACAGUCUCACAUGGGCUGGGUUCGGUACAUGAGUAAAUCUUCGUCAAUCACUUGCAUCUGUAAUAUACCAUUGCACUAAUCCCACCG